AUGAAGCUAAAUUGGUCGUUUCGGCUAUCUCGUUGGGCAGUCGCAUCCAUUUUCUUCCUGACUUUCAGUUAUCUGGUGAGCCUUGUUCAUUCCCAAUGGCUUCCUGUAUUCGCCUAUCAACCAUUUGAUGUCAUCUACUCUUGCAAACGACUGACUCCGCUCACUUUCUCUCUGGUGACCGACGAACAUGUUACACACUGGCUCACCAUUUUGGCCAUACUUAUUAUGGACAAGCUGAUUUGGGAUUGUUGGAGUAAAUGGGAGACUUUCAUAUUUGUCCUGGUCGUCAAUUUGGGCUCGAUUGUUUUGACCACCUUCUCACUGAAGUUAUUCGGUGAGCAACCGGGUGUCAUAAUUGUGGGCAACACGGCAUUAAUUGCUUCCGUGACUGUCAUUUCUGCCCAGUUUGAUCCGGAUCGAUAUCUGCUGGGCUAUGGCAAAAUUGGCUUGAGAUCACGCUACGGGUUCUGUUGCGGUCUAGUCAUUUUCUUCUUAUUCUCUCUGAUUGGGCUGACUAGAUGGACUUCAUUCUUGAUGUUUAUUAACGGUUUCUUUGUGAGUUGGUUCUAUCUACGGUUUCUGCAGCAUCAUCCACAGAGAAAGUACGGGGACCAUCGUGCAUCAUUUGCCCUGGCCAAAUUUUUUCCGGAACCACUGGAGCCAUGGGUUGCGCUGCCGUGCAACGUAAUCUACACUCUGGUGCUACGCUCCCGUCUAUGUCCAGGUGUUGAACGUCAGAGUGAGAUCGUUUCGACUGCUUCGUUUGCAGUAAACAUUCCAGGUCUCACAUCCGACAUGGAACGUCAUCGUCGUCUUGCUCUGCGCAUUUUGAACGAGCGUUUGCAGAGCAACACGGGCGAUAAAUCAACAACAAACCGGGAUGACUCCACCGAUUGGCCGGAUUUAUCCGAGUCCGAUUUACCACCGUCCGGACCACGUGACUCCGACCCGGUUGAUCCGGUCACAGCGACGCACUCCGUCUUGGNGGUCCACAGAGAGCUCUGUCAACGUGGCACUACCCACGGGAUCUGA